CGGCAGCUGCCGGAGCGCUCGGCCUUCCCAGCCGGUUAAUGAUUUGCGACGCGGCGGAGUGAGAAACGGGGCGGCUGGGCGGCCGUCGUCAGUCGGACAUGAAACGCCACGCGCUCGCCUGGUUCCUGGCCUUCCCGGCGCUCUCGCUUUGGGGUUCGGGGGCCCUGGGGGGACCCCUGAGCGGACCCCGCCCCAACAUGACGGACCAGGAGCUCUUCUGGGGCGCCGACCAGUACGACUUUUCGGUGGUUCUGCCCGCCUCUGGGAUGGACUGCUUCUGGCACUUUGCGCACCACGGGGAGAAGUUCUACCUCAGCUUCAUGGUGCAGUGGGUGACGGGCGUGGGCCACGACCGCCACCUGUCCGUCACGGUCAACGCUCCCAGCGGACUGCUGCUUUCCACGGUGGAUGACGCCAACGGGCAAAUCGACCUGGACGUCCGCGAGACCGGCUUCUACCAGAUGUGCUUCAGCAACUUCCACAACCGCUUCGGCAGCAUGCAACUGUCCCUCAGCUUCGGCGUUUACUUCGAGAAGGCGCCGCAAACGCAGCAGCACGACAACGCCAAGAAGCUCAACGACACGCUGAGCAUCAUCGAGGCGUCAACCCACCGCGUGGAGAACGCCGUGUUCCACAUGUUCCGGCACUACAACGCGGGCCGCCUGCGCCGCGGCGCCGACGACUUCUUGCUGACGUCCAAGCGGCGGCGCGUCGGUCUCUGCUCGGCCUCCCUCGCCAUCCUGAUCGUGCUGGCCGGAUACGUGCAGCUGCGCUUCCUCAAGAGCUUGUUCGCGCAACGAGAGAACGGCGCCGGCGAGCCGCGCGCCUGCUGA